AUGUCAAUAGUUGUAAAUGAAAUAUACAGGGAAAUUGGCAAUCGGAACUUUCUUACUCUUUUUUCACCCAAACACCCACUCAAUCCCUAUAUAUAUUGCUUGGAGCCAAGUGUCUCUCCAAAACCCUCUCUGCUCUCUCUCUCUCUCUCUCUCUCCCACUUCUGCCCAAACACCUGUGUUCAACUCCCUCUCUACACGUUCUCUCUCAGUGGAUUUGAGGUUUUGAUUUUCGCCCUAGUGACAGGGAUUUUCUUCGCAAGUAGACCAAUUUUUAUUUUUACAAAAUUCUACUGCACCGCCGCUGCUCAUCAUCAUCGUCAGUCUACUGCUACCAUUGAAGAGGAAGAUCAACAAAGAGCAAAAACCCAAUUCAGCAUCGACAGCAAGCUGCUGUUCUCGGGGAAGAGUGGCAAUGGGUUGGCUGCUUCCCAUGAGCAAAUUAAAUGGAUUCAAAAGGUACAUAUGCAUUGGCUUGAAGUAGUGUUUGAUUAGCUCAUAAAAAGUUGUUGCGAUUUUGUUUGCUGCAAUGGUUGAUUAGGUAAUUGGUCUCCCUUCCAUUAAUGGAUUUGUCAAUAAUUUGUUGCUUAUCUAUUGUUUCAUUUUACAUGCUGUGAAAAUUAAGAAUCUGUUUUGAUGGCUACUGUGAUUGCUCUAGACAGAAAGAGUACUAUUCUGUUGCGUAGAAUUGAACACAACUCUCAAAAAAAAUGUGCCCCACACAUUACGAGA